AUGACGAACGUUGGCUCCGUUGCAAACACCAGUAAGGCUCAGAAAGGGCCUCAUCCCAAACAAGGGGUGAUGGGAGACAGAAAGACUGUCGCAAACGCCUCCGCUAUGCGCGCAUCUGCGCCUAAACCAGCGGUAGACGCAGCAAAGUCGCUCGUGUCGACCGCUGGUGUUCAGAAAUUCACAUACGCAGAGAGACGGACGGCCGCCCAAACCCUGCGUUCACAUGCCAGAAGCAAAGUCGCCACGCCUUCGCCCGAAUGGCUGAAGAAGGUUGAGUGGGCCAGGACGGUGUUCCCAAACUAUGGGCAAGGAAACACCCAACAGGAAGGUGCCCAGGUGAAGAGGCAACGCUCCGUAGAGCUGCCUGGUCCGUCGGCGAAGAGAUCGAAGAUCCAGCCGUCGGUCUCCUUUGCCGAGAUCACUAAAGAUCGGGUCCUUCUGGGACUCAUUGACAGGGGAAAUCCGGAGAACAGGAUCCCCAAAAACAAAUGGAAGGCGGUUGAGUCCCAGCUGUCUCUCAUAUGCCUGCGUAUGGUGCGCAAGAAGCCCGGUUCAUCGCCUUGCUGCAUGGACGCGGACUGGUACCAGGGCAGUGUAAAGGUGGUUGCCUGCGACAAUCAGCGAUCAGCUGAUCUAUACAAGCAGGCGACAGCGCAGCUAGGUGAAGUCUACGAUGGGGCGAACAUAGUCGCACUAGAUUGGUGUGACGUCCCCAGUAGACCCCAAACUAGAAUUUGGCUCCCAGCAGCUAUCAAAUCACCGGAGGAUAUCCUCUAUAUGUUGCAAGAGUGCAACCCACAUCUCCCCACAAAAGACUGGAAAGUCGUAAAGGUGGAGGAGCAUGCAGGUGAUGUAAAUCAGGCGAUCGUGGUGCUAAACAAGGAGUCGGUCGCUCCCAUAGAGGCUGCUCGGGGAGUGCUCAAUUAUGGCUUCAGCGCCAUACACAUUAAGAUAUACAAAGGGGACUCCAGUUCCAAGGGAAGCCCUGCCGGCAACCCAGCUGAGCAGAGUUGCGAGCGCUGGGACCGGCAAUCGAAGAAGUGGACCUGA